GGACUCAAAGCUCUCGUGCGUAGUGGCGUAGAUGCAGGGCGCUUAGCGAAAGUUGGUCGGGGUUGCUACAUACCAUACAUACCAUGCGCAGCCUUUAUAAGGGGAAGGUCCCCCUGCACCCACUCUUCUAUUGCUAUCGCACUCUAGACGACCUUGAAUGAUGGCAGACAACCGAGAUCCCGCCCUCACGACUUUUAGCGACGAAGAGAAGUUCAAAGACUUCUCCGAAGUAGACUCAGAAGAUCAUGAGAUCGGCCAAUACCCAUCGAGAACGCGGUCAUGGCGAACAGUACUUCUGAUUGUGUCUUCCGUCAUAGUCGCCAUCCUGAUUGCCAUCGUCGCAAUGUCUUGGACGAAAUCAUCGCAUCUGAAGUACGACCACUGCGGUACAAACGCGAACGAGGCUCGCGCAAGAGGAUGCGUGUUUGAAACAACCGGAUUUACCUGGCUUGCACCUGAGUGUGCCGACCCUGCCACUGAAGCCGAGUUCCUCGAGUACAUCGCGAAGAACGAAUUCAAGUACUAUCGCACCGAGAACUACACAGAAGAAGUGAGCGUCGAAGAGAUCAGAAAAGGCAACGGACCGGGUUUCUUCGUGCGCGAGAAGUACCAUUUAACGCACUGUUUGUUCUUGAUGAAGAAGUUGCAUCGGAUGAGGGACAAGGGGGCAAUGAUUGACGGCCAGAUCAUGCCGCUCCACCAUACAGAGCAUUGCAUGGGACAGAACCUUAAGGCGCUCGCGGAUACAGGGUUCAGGAAGCAUGACGUUCAGUUUUCCUACACCAAGUUCCCAUAUUGUGGAAAGCCUGGCGGGUACAAUCUGGAAUGGCCAGAGCAAGGUACAUGGACAGAGUCUUGAAGUGUUUUGAGAUAAACAAUGAGAUUGGAAUUUAUUGGCGCUGUCG